AUGGGUAUCAAUCUCACAGAAUCAGGGACCAAAGGCUUAGUAACACUAGCUUCCGUUAAAGCCGCCAGUAAUGCAUCCCAGAGCACCCAUCUUCAAAGCCAGGUGCUCGUUCCACUCCUGUACGUCGCUCAUCGGGCUAUAGAGAUCUCCCGUAUUCUCGAGGAUGCCCUCAAGGGCAUCUCCAGCAUCAACCCUGAAGAGGCGGUCCGUGCUGAUGCUCCGCAUCG